UUAUGAAAAAAAAAGAAAAGAAAAAGAGAUUAUAUAAUUUCUCAGCCUAUUAUCGGUGUAAUUCGUCAUCACCAUCGUCGUUCGUCGUCUUCGUCUAUUCUCAGUCCUACCAGCUCCAAACCCUAGCCAAUACUUACGCACACCCUUCUUCCUUUUUCCUUUUCCACGGCUUCCAUAUCGCAUCCCCAAAUUAUAUUUGUUGAGGGGGUUGAUUCUCAAAUUUGAGAUCAGAGGCAAGGGAUUCGGUUUUUUUUUUUUGAGUAAGCCGCCAUCCGAUAUUCGCAUUUUCUAACAAAUAAAGAGUCAUGGAUGGUGAUUCGUGGAGCGCUCGUCUUUCCUCUGCCUCUAGGCGUUAUCAGUCUGCUCUUCAAUCGCGAUCUGAUAUGUUCAUGGGUUUUGAAGAAAUUGACGGGGAUGAUGAUAUAAGGGAGGAGUUUCCGUGCCCAUUCUGCUCUGAGUAUUUUGAUAUUGUUGGAUUGUGCUGCCACAUUGAUGAAGAGCAUCCAGUGGAGGCAAAGAACGGGGUGUGUCCAGUUUGUACAAUGAGGGUGGGGGUUGAUAUGGUUGCACAUAUAACCCUACAACAUGGGAACAUUUUCAAGAUGCAGCGCAAAAGAAAAUCACGGAAAGGUGGAUCUCAUUCAACACUAUCUUUAUUGAGGAAAGAACUGCGGGAAGGGAAUUUACAGUCUCUUUUUGGGGGCUCUUCUUGUAUAGUUUCCUCAUCCAAUGUUGCACCCGAUCCAUUGUUGUCAUCUUUCAUUUUGCCUAUGUCUGAUGAUUAUGUUAGUGUUCAACCUCCUUUUUCAACUGAAACAAGCUCAGUCAAGAAAAGCACAGAUGAGAAUGUAUCACAAAGGGAAGCAUUGGCUCCACUACAAAAGAUACAUUGAAGUGAUCUUAAAUAGUUUUCCUCCUUUCUGUAAUGCAAGGAUCCAAGAGGGGUACUGAAAUUUGGAGAUUUCUGAUGUUGGAAUUAGGGUGGUAAUCUUAGGAUUACCAUUAUCAACCUCUAAUUUGCAAAUUUGCAAAUUUUAGAACACAUUAUGCAAUUUUAUUGUAAUAGUUAAGGUAUGGUCUUUUCCUUCUUUUUGUAGUGCGAGGAAGCAUUGACUUCACUACAAAAGAUACAUUCAAAAGAUUUAAAUAGGGGUUCUGAAAUUUGGUGGUUUCCAAAGUUGGAAUUAGGGUGGGAAUCGUGGCGUUACCAUUGUCCACCUCCAAUUUGCAAAAUUAAGUACAUAUUAUGCAAUUUUAUUGUAAUAGUUCAGGCAUGGUCUCCAUGUUAGGCAAGAUGAAGCUGAAUGGAGUUAAUUUUGUACUAUAAAAAAUUGAUCUAUUAAGGAAUUAUUCUUGUAUUAAAUGCUUUAUGUGGUGUGUUUGUGGCUUGAAUACUUUUCCAGGUGUCUUCAUUUUAUGAUCUUUUUUUGGUAGCCAUUUAGUUGGAUUAGACGCUUGGCAUGGUGCUAGCCAGGCAAGGUGGCCUUAUCAAUUGUGUCUCUCAUUUGGAUAUGAUUAUCAAUAGUUUCAAUAGUAGAGCAUUGAAUAACCUGUGUGUGGAGACAGGAAAGAUUGUGCUCCAAUAUACUCCCGUAUAGGGCAAAAAAAAUCCUUAAGUGGCAUCCUUUUACAUGCAUAAUAACUCCCCUGCCCAUUCAUUUACUUCCUGCAUUGAUGCCCAGAUCACUACAGAAAUUAAAUCGAAUUAGUGUAUCUGGGUUAAUCUAAUCCGAGGUUUAGCUGAAUGCCUUGCCAUCGUAGGAAUUCUUAUUCUGUCUUCUUACCAUGUGGAAGUUUAGGAAAGGGAGUCUUGUUGGGGACCGCCCCCCGGGGGGGCGGGGGGGGGGGAGGAGGGCGGGCGGGGAGGUUGCAUUUGAUGGGAUUGUUAAGUUACAGUAGACAGAAAGCAUACUAAGCAGACACGGAUAUACAUGCAUCAUGAUGUGAUGUGACAGAUUGACCAUCUAUUAAAUUCCUUUUUUUUUUUUUUUUUUGUGUGUAAAUUGUGAAACCAUAUGUAAGACUGACGACCACCUCU